GGCCUGGUUUUGCGACAGUCUUCAACCGUUCUUCCACGGUCAGUGCUGACGGUACUACGGAACCUGAUACAAACGACAGGUGCGAAGAAUUCUACUCGUUGAUGUUUAGUUUUUAACGACUGACUCUUAUGUGCGCGAUGGGUACUUUAAAAGGAAUUUCGGACAUUAGGGAAAUAAUGUGGUUAUUAUUUAUUGGAAUAUCUUUAGUACAAGAAUCCUUUGGACAAUCGUCAGCGGCAUGUAGGUUUCCUGGAGCACCAGCACAUUCAUCUGUUGUUUUUUCAGAUGAAGAUCUGGGCCCAGGUUGUGUCGCUACAUAUUCGUGUGAACGAGGUUUUGAACUAUUAGGUCCCUCUCGAAGGGUGUGCCAAAAUGGUUUAUGGAUGCCAGAGGGUAUACCGUUUUGUGUUUUGAACGUGGCAGCUGGUAAAGCUCCAAUGCAGGUCAGCACAGAAUCUGGGGGAAUACCACAGAAAGCUAUAGACGGAAGCACGAGUGCAUUUUUCAGCAGCGACAGUUGUACCCUAACAAAACCUGAGCGGUCACCUUGGUGGUACGUUAAUCUUUUGGAACCGUACAUGGUACAAUUGGUUCGACUAGAUUUUGGAAAACCAUGUUGUGGAAACAAGAAGCCAGCUACUAUAAUCGUCAGGGUUGGUAACAACCGACCAGACUUAGGAACAAAUCCGAUCUGCAACAGAUUCACCGGAUUUGUGGAAGAAGGUCAACCGUUGUUCCUUCCUUGCAAUCCACCAAUGCCUGGAGCAUUUGUUAGCGUCCACCUGGAAGCUCCCACUCCAAGCCAGCUCUCAAUUUGUGAGGCGUUUGUUUACACCGAUCAAGCGUUACCAAUUGAACGUUGUCCACAAUUUCGGGAUCAACCUCCAGGUAGUACAGCCACAUACAACGGAAAAUGCUACAUAUUUUACAACAGACAGCCUCUCCACUUCCGAGACGCCCUUUCCUUUUGUCGGUCCAGAGGAGGCACAUUAGUAGAUGAAAGUAAUCCUGCUCUUCAGGGUUUCAUUAGCUGGGAACUUUGGAGAAGGCACAGAAGUGAUGCUAGCGGACAGUACUGGAUGGGAGCUCUGAGAGACGCUGAUACCCGUGGUUGGAAAUGGUUGACAGGAGAAGAUGUUACUGUAUCGUUCUGGAAUUUACCAGUUGGCAAUGGCGAAUGUUCAAGAUAUGAUGGUACUAAGGGGUGGCUAUGGUCGGAUACCGAUUGUGGAAUGAGACUUAAUUAUAUUUGUCAACACCAACCCAAAGCUUGUGGUCGUCCAGAACAACCACCUAAUUCUACAAUGGUCGCACCAAAUUUCAACGUAGGAUCAACAAUAGAGUACACUUGCGAUGACGGACAUCUUCUUGUUGGCCCAACCAGUCGAGUUUGUUUAGAAACUGGAUUCUAUAACGAAUUUCCACCAGUUUGUAAAAGAAUUCAAUGUGGUUAUCCAGCGGAUAUUGCCAAUGGAGAAUACAAUUUGGUAAACGACAGCGUUGGAUAUUUAUCCAGAGUGAUCUACUCGUGCGAUGAAGGAUACGAAAUGAUCGGACGUGCUCAAUUGGCGUGCGAUAUCGACGAAAGAUGGAACGGCCCUCCGCCACGAUGUGAAGCAUUGCAAUGUGAGCCUCCAAUAGAAAUUGCUAAUGGAGUGGUUGAUAUUUCCAAUGGAACGAGUUAUGGCUCCAGUAUUCAGUACAGUUGCAGUAAUGGAUUUAUCAUGGAAGGACAAUCAAUUUUAACGUGUUUGGCUAAUGGGCAGUACGAUCACACUCCGCCAGCAUGUGAAAUGCCAACAACUACAACACUUCACCUCCCAGAACCGACAAAAACAACAAAACGUCCAUCUUCAGUAACAAGCACAAUAGCAACAUCAACAACAAGACCUAGGACCAGAGCAACACGUCCACCUCCGACUACCAUUCGCGGUGUUGAGUUAACCAAGGGAACCAAUAGGACACGAAGACCCUAUACCAGGCCAACUACGGAAUCCACAACACAAAUGUCGUCAUCAAUACCGCCGUCCAUAAUAGUAGCUGGCCAUCCGCAAGAUAACGAAAUAGCUGGCAGUUCAAAUAUUCAACAUGCAGAAACUCCGAACGUUAACGUGCCAUUAUCCAUUGAUGGUGAGAGAAAAGAGCCUUUCGGAGCCAAAUUGAAUUUGGGAGCCAUUAUUGCGUUAGGGGCAUUCGGAGGAUUUAUAUUUUUAGCGGCUAUUAUUACUACAAUAGUUAUUUUAGUAAGAAGAAACCAAAGUGCCAAACAUUACCGUCAUCGAGCUUCCCCUGACUGUAACACAGUAGCCUCCUUUGAUUCUUCCAGCUCGGAAUCUCGUAAUGGAGGUCUUAACCGUUAUUACCGACAAGCCUGGGAAAAUCUCCACGAGUCUGCUGGCUCCAAAGCUGGUUUGCGCGUAGCCAAUGCCUCCAAUCACUCCCCACUGCGUAGAAAAGAAACCCUCGAUGAACCUUAUCGGACCGAGCGACAUCGGGAUGGAUCUGAAAUGGUAGUAUCUGACGUGUAUAGUGCUAAAGGUGCAGAAAAAAAGAGGCAUCACCAUCAUCACCACCACCACGAAGGUAGACCACACAAAGAGGGAAGGGAAUGGCGCGAUUCGCGACCUCCUCCUCACAGAGAGCAUAAGAGAUAUUGACAACCUUGCAUGGUAAUCACAGUACAAUACGAAGAGUAACUUUUAUCCUUUUGAACUGCUUCUUAGUGAAGUGUUGUGAACUCGACAUGACUGUUUAUGGUUCCACUGACGGAACAAAAAAAACAAGGUGUAAUUCAUCCUAGACUGUUGCAAAUAUAAUUAUUACUUAAGUACUUCUUUAAAAGGUACUUACAGUAUUAACUAGGAGUAUAUAAUAAAGUAAAAAAGCUAUUCUAAAAUUUGGCGUAGAUAUCAUUGUAAUUCUUUUUCUAUUCCGAUUUCAAAUAUUAUUAUGAUGUCGAGUUAAAUCGGCACCAUAUAAAAAACUUUUUUAUUUUUAGUUUUUUGGUACUGUAUGUUCUAAAACCUAAAAUGCAAUCAUCAAAUACUAAUUUUUUUCAGCCAUAUGUGGAUAUUCUAACUCUUACAUAAAAGUCAUACUUUUUGACAAAAUGCGUAUAUGUAUGACUAAUAACAUUUAAUAUAUAAUGAUAAUUGUAUUCUAGGUUUUAACCUUCGGAGUACGAAGACUGGGUCAAGCGUGACCCGAAAUUCACUUAUUUCUUAAUAUUUUAUGAAAUAAUUUUUUUACAAAUCCGAUUGAUCGUAAGUUCUCCUUAUUUGUUUCAAUCUAUUUUUUCGUAUAUAAUUCGUGAACAUGCAAAUUACAGUUUUUCCUCUACGUAACAUCUAUGAUGCCGGGUCACUCCUGACCCGGUCUUCGGAUUUCGAAAAAUAUUUUUAAUAUGUUUUUAGGUACACGUAAAUCGCAGCCGUCUCUGUUUACGGGUAUACGUAUUCAAAUAUAUGGCCGGAGCGAAUUUACCUAUGCCCGUUUUCUGUAAGGUAUUAAAAUCUGGCCGCCGGAGCGAACUAGUAUAUACCCAUGGGAAACCAUCUUAAAAAAUUUAAAUACAAUAAUUUAGGAUUAUAAUUGUUAUGUUUGUUUGUUUUUUGUUGAAUUAAAGAUACUGUUUAUUAAUACUGACUAUUUAAAACAUCCUUAUAAAUAAAUUGAGAAUGGGUCACGCUUGACCCAUCUUCGUAAUCUAAGUAAGUCAAAUAAUCUCCGUACUCCGAAGGUUAAAGUAUGUAUAACUAAUUAUACAGGGUGUCCUAAAAAUUAGCGGGACGGUCGAUUAUUUCACGAAAUGAAAAUCGCAUUGAAAAACUGAAAAAUACGUGUUGAAAAUUUUUCAAAAAUCUAUCAAAUGACACCAAACACUACCCCCCACUCCACCCCCUGAAGGUGGAGUGGGGAGUAACUUUAAAAUAUUAAAUAGGAACCCUCAUUUUUUAUUGUGGAUUUGGAUUUCUUAUGAAAAAAUAAGCAACACUUAUUCAAGACAUUUUUUAGAAUUUUUGAUAGAUGGCAAUAGAUUAUCGGAAAAAUACUAUUUGUUAGCGCCAUCUCUUAACAAUUCUAAUAAAUGUUACUUAUUUUUUCACGAGGAAUCCAAAUCUGCAACAAAUUCAGAUUUGGAAAAAAUAGGGUUGUUCCUAUUUAAAAUUUUAAAGUUCUUCCUUACCACACCUCCAUGGGAUGUAGUUAGGAGUUUCUUGUUUGGUGUCAUUCGAUAGAAUUUUGAAAAAAUAUUAAAAAUCUGUUUUUGGUUUUCCAUUCGGAAGUGUAUUAGAAUUAGUGUAUUAAUUUACUUAGAAUAUAACGAUAAAGUAUAACUAACGAUGGAAACGAUGGUAACUGUGAAGCAGAAGUUCGGAGACGUAUUGGUAUGGCAAAAAAUGCGAUGAGUCGCCUAACUAAAGAUAGGAAAGACAGAUCUAUCUCUAAAAAUAUCAAGAUGAGACUGGUGAAUGCCCUUGUAUUCUCAAUAUUUCUAUACGGAGCAGAGAUUUGGACUCUUCGCGCAUGCGAGCGCCAAAAAAAAAAUGAUGCCUUUGAGAUGUGGUGCUGGAGAAGAAUGCUGGGCAUACCUUGGACAGCUCAUAGGACAAAUGUUUCCAUUCUAAACCAACUCAAUAUUAAAAAAAAGGCUGUCCAUAAUAUCAACGAAUUCUGCAAUUCUUUGGUCAUGUGGUUCGCAGAGGUGACGACAGUUUGGAGAGAUUAAUUGUUUCUGGAAACGUCCCGGGGAGAAGAAAAAGAGGACGAUCACCAACUAGAUGGUCUGACCAAAUAAAGCAUUCAGCUGGAAACUCAUUCU